GGUUUUGAACAAAUGCAGAGCCCAAAAGCUCUCCUCAUUCAAGGACAGCGGCGCAGUGGAGUGGAGGCGGACGACGACGACGACGGUAGAGAGGAAGAUGAUGGCGAUUUAGCUGCGCCAGCAGUUUUCGUUUGAACCUGAAGAAUACAUAGGCUCUCUUCGACAAGGUGGGAUUUUAAUCUGGGUUUUUCGAUAGCUUUAUUGCCUGGUGAUUUGAAGAUGGCAUUGCCGAUUUCAAGAAGGCUAUUUCGAGCCUUGGGUUCUUUUGAUUUUUCAUCUGGACUUCUGUGUCGUUCUAGUGCUUUAAAUCGUAAUGGCCAUGGAGAUGGCUUGUAUUCUAAACUGUAUUCUGCACAUGGAAAGGGAUGUGGUGUUGCUCCCCGAAUGUAUUCUACUACUAUUUUGACUCCUAGUUCAAGUGAGGGUGCAUUUCCCUCAGAGCUGUUAGGUUCUAAGCAGGUGUUGACUCCUGAUCGAAAACUAGGUUUGUAUCAGGACCUUGUGAUUCCAGUUUCAAAUUUUUAUGGAGAGGAUAAGGGCCUAAUGGUAUUGGCUGGUGAUGUUUUUGAUGUACCAAUCAGGAAAGAUAUUAUUCAUCGUGUCGUAACGUGGCAACUUGCUAAACGGCGGCAGGGAACUCAUUCAACGAAAACCAUUAGUGAGGUCAGUGGGACUGGUAGAAAACCUUGGAGACAAAAGGGCACUGGUCGAGCUAGGCAUGGAACACUACGUGGUCCACAGUUCAGGGGUGGUGCUACCAUGCAUGGUCCAAAGCCCCGAAGUCACGCUAUCAAGCUAAACAAAAAGGUCCGCCGUCUAGGGCUGAAGAUUGCACUUUCUGCCCGUGCAGCAGAAGGCAAGCUUAUGGUUUAUGAGGAUUUAGAGGUUCCAUCCCACAAGACGAAAAACAUGGUGAACUAUUUCAAUCAGAUGGAGCAUACCAAAAAGCUUUUACUGGUUGAUGGUGGUCCAAUAAAUGAAAAGCUUAAACUGGCUACUCAGAAUCUACAUUACAUCAACAUACUGCCUUCAAUUGGUCUAAACGUUUAUAGCAUUCUGCUGCACGACACCCUGGUAAUGUCUCGAGAUGCAGUGAAUCAAAUAGUUGAAAGAAUGCACACUCCAAUUAAUCGUUGAUGAAGAUCUAGUUACAGAGCUUUGGUAGUUAGUUGAUCAUGGUACCAUAUCUUCAACCAUGCCAAGUUUUUUUUAUCUGGACAAUUUGCGCUCAACUUGAUUAUGCAUAUUUUAUUCAGGGAAGCUAAUAAGGCUUGCUCACAUCUUGCUGUUUUCUUAUUAUUACGUAACUGAGGAUCUAUUGUUGAUUAUUUUUGUUAUAUGAACAAAUCAGAUAAUCUCUACAGUUAUUUCUUGCAAA